UCACUAUCCAUCGUUCUAAACUGUAAAGCUGAUGAUUAAUAACAGCAGAUUGAUCUAUCUUGUUGCAUUUGCGUUCAUGGAUGUGUUUAAACACGCUGAGCUCGAGCUCAUGUCUGCGUAACCGCCGUUUGAUGAGCCGAUCGACAUCCGGGUCUGUCCAGUGGUCAUUCAGCGGACCUGCAGGAGAACAUGUUGGCCUGGGUUGUGCUGCUGUGUGUGCAGCUGAUGUUCGGAUGGAUCCGCGCGUCGGAACUCACCUUCGAGCUGCCGGACAACGCCAAGCAGUGCUUCUAUGAGGACAUCACCAUCGGCACCAAAUGCACGCUCGAGUUCCAGGUGGUCACUGGCGGUCACUACGAUGUGGACUGUCGUCUGGAGGAUCCGGAUGGGACGGUCCUCUAUAAAGAGAUGAAGAAACAGUACGACAGCUUCACCUUCACCGCCUCCAGAAACGGCACGUACAAGUUCUGCUUCAGCAACGAGUUCUCCACCUUUACACACAAAACCGUCUACUUUGACUUUCAAGUCGGCGACGACCCUCCGCUUUUUCCCAAUGAGAACAGAGUGACGGCUUUAACGCAGAUGGAGUCGGCCUGCGUGUCCAUUCACGAGGCCCUGAAGUCUGUGAUCGACUAUCAAACGCAUUUCCGUCUGCGAGAGGCUCAGGGCCGCAGUCGAGCGGAAGAUCUGAACACCAGAGUGGCGUUCUGGUCCAUCGGGGAGGCCUUCAUCCUGCUGGUGGUCAGCAUCAGUCAGGUGGUUCUUCUCAGGAGCUUCUUCUCAGACAAGAAAACCACUACGACCCGCGUGGGCUCGUAACGCCCACCGGCCGUCCUCCUUGCACACUGGGACUCACGUCGGAAGGUUUUUAUACAAAGUAUGAGUUAUUUAAACUCCUUGAGCUUGUUUUCUGUAGUCCUGUGUGUGAUCCUCAGCAGAAUAUUUCAGCGCUGAAAAUUAAACUGGUUUAUUUAUUUUGUGGCUAUGUGUUGACUCUUUACACAUGACGUGUAUGUGAACAUUAAAGGAUGUGCAGACACUGUAGACCUGCUUGACACACCAGUGCAGUUUAUAUUCGUCUGAUUGAAUUAUCAUCAUCAUUUGAGACUUAGUUCAGCUGUUCAAUCUUCAUAGAACCACUAUGUGUUUGAAUGCGAAAGAGCUUCUUUUGCUUUAUGUUGUUAAAAAAAAAAAGGCAUCCUUGCUAAUGUUUCCCAGUCGUCGUUUUCUUUUCAUGACAUUGGUGUAAUUGGUGUGUUAUUUUUAUUAGCUGUUUCUUUUUAAUAGUGGUGCAUUGAUUUCUUUACCUUGUUUGAAUGGGUUAAUAAAUGUCUGGAGAAACGUCUCAAA